AUGCCGUCUACCGCCGCCGCCGCCAACGAGGACAGCGUUCUUUUCGCCACACCACUAGGUCCAGCACCCAAGCGAAGAGGAAGACCGCCCAAAAAUGUAAAAGUUCCUAAGGAUGAAGUUGACUCAACAGAGACUGAAAAUACGGACUCAACAGUAUUGCUACCGGCCAGCCAAGGAGAAAGCCGGAGGCGUAGUUCACGUUUAAAGAAGCUAGAAAAAGAAAAAGAACCGGACUUAAACGGCAUCAGCAAUGGCCACACACUCUCAAAUACUCAUCACACUGCUUCUAAGGAAAAAAGUAAAUCAAAGAAACAUAGACAUCAUAAAAAACACGAGCUUGAUCAUCCCACCGCUACAACGGACUGCCAAAUCACUGCCAUUGCUGAAGCGCCACAACCACAACCGAUUAAUGCUGAGAAACAUGAUGAGCCUCCAAAGGAGCUGGAAAGUAGCAGUAAGGUUCUUCUCAACCGAACCAAUGAAGUUUGCAAUGAAAGUUAUCCUAAGUUUGAAGAGAUCGAUGCGAACAUCUUUUGUUGUGAAAGGAAAAAGUCAAAGGGCCAAAAGGAGAUCAAGAAAAUGGUCUGCGACUGCAUCCUCUCAAAAGAAGAUCGGAUAAAUGGGUUUAGAGGGUGUGGUGACGACUGCCUCAAUCGUAUGCUUAUGAUAGAAUGCGGCUCUCGAUGUACUCUCGGUGACCUUUGCUCCAAUAAGCGAUUUUCAUUGAAACAAUAUGCAAAAGUCGAACCUUUCAAGACGCUCAAUAAGGGAUGGGGUCUCAGGACACUGGAGGAUUUGCCACCGCACUCCUUCAUCAUGGAAUAUGUUGGCGAAGUCGUUGAUGCGUUUGAUUUCUACAAGAGAGUCGAAAAGUAUGAAAAGCGAAAAACGGAACAUCACUAUUUUAUGGUUUUGCAAGCCGACGAGUUUAUCGAUGCAACUCGCAAGGGAAACGUAACUCGAUUCAUCAACCAUAGCUGUGAUCCAAACAGUCAAACGGAAAAGUGGACCGUGAACGGCGAACUUCGAGUUGGCUUCUUUACAUUCAAACAUGUAAAAGCUGGCGAGGAAAUCACUUUUGACUAUCAGUUUCAGCGAUAUGGCAAAAAGGCGCAAAAGUGUUUCUGUGGGACUGACAAGUGUUGCGGGUACAUUGGCGGCAAGAGUGCCAACAUCUUGACUGACGGCUCGAAGAUUCCUACAAAGGCCAACAAGUCAAAGAAGAAGACGAAAAAGUUGGAUGAAGAGCAAAUUAGCAAUCUGGAGUAUGAACAAAGAGGCCUUCGAAACCGUCAAACAACUCUUGAAGUUUCUCAGAUUAUGAUUCGCACAGAGAAGAUGCAUCUGAAGCUGAGAUUGAUCAAAAUUAUCAUGUCUACUGUUGAAAUUGCCUACCUGCGGCUGUUCCUCGAUUAUUACGGCUUAAAAAUAAUCAGGAACUGGAUGUUGUCGACGGGAAAUGACGCUGAAGAUAUUCAGCUAAAAGCUCGUCUACUAGAGCUUCUGAUGAUUUUGCCGAUUCCAAACAAAACGAUGCUCAUUCACAACAAGGUGCUAGAAACAGUGGAGCGAUGGGCACAAAGUGAUAGCCCGGAAAGCAGCCAGUACAUCAACCCACCCAAUGCUGAUGCAACAAACAAAGUAAACGGUGAUGAUGUUGGUGGUGAUGGUGAGAAUGGCGUCAAAGAGGAGAGUGAAGAGGCGAAGAAGUCACCAGCAGAAGAGCUGCCUAAACUUGCCGAAAAGCUGGUCACAAAGAGCAGUGCAAAAGAGGAGACUGAAAAGAGCUCUCCCACUGCAGAGGAAAACAUUACCAUCGGACAACUUGCCCAGAAAGUGCUAGACCACUGGAAAGAUCUCAUUUUUGUGCUCCGAAUUCCUCGCCUUGAAAUAGAGAAACGUCACGCGGAUGAAGCAGAGGCAGAUAGAAAGACAAAGGAAGACGAAGAUAAGCAGACACAUCAAACUCCAGCCAGUGCUGCUUUGAAGCGUCCCAAUGAGGAGGAGUACCAUGCCGGUGGACACAAAAGACGAUUUUUGAGAAGUCUGACUGAUGCUGGCAGAGAUGCAGGUGCACCAAGGCGUCCCUUUACCGGCAACCACAACCACACCUCUUCAAAUCACAGGGAUGAUACUGCAAGUGCAGCAACGUUAGCUGAAAGGCAGCAGGAUAAGGAGCACCGGCGCCGAAUGUUUGAAUACAAUGAGUAUCAGAACGCGGUGAUAAAGUGGAGAAAACAAAUGGACGACUACAACAUGCAAGUACUGGAAAUAAGCCCACUGAUGGCGCUGCAGCAACUCGAAAACGGUUCUCCUCUUUCAGUCGACAGUCAAAGUCUGGCGACGUCGAUCACGCCUGGUAGUGCUUCCACUCUACUCCAUCCACAGCUAUCGUCGCCCUUAGUACCAGGACAGGCACCGGAGGCUUCAGGUGACAGUUCAGAGAACCCCACGUCGAUUGAAAAGAUGUACGACAAGGAGACGGAAGCAUAUCUGGAGAGAAAAGAAGAGGAAGAGGUUAAAAUUGAGCUGACGCUGAAGGACAUUGUGCCAAAGUUUGACAGUCCACUCAUCAUUCUCCUGGACGACGACAGUGUCCCUGCGGAGAAAGAUGUCACCCUCUCGCCGCAUGCCAUCGACAAUGUGGACUACAAUGAAGUCCGCUACUACUGCGAUGACGUCUUUGAGAGCAUGGAGAAGAGACUCUUUGAUGAAAUCUACCCGCCCCAGGGUAUCUUCUACAUUGCCCCCACUGGCGAAACCUACUUCCUCUCAAUGCCCAGUGAUCUGAGUCAGAGCGUUACCGUGCGGGAGAACGUCGCCGAGCCGUUGCCGCUGAGCUACACCAAGCGAACCUCGGCGAACAUCAUGCUGCCGCUGAACUGCGACUGGAGCUGCGCCGAGGUUGAAGGCGAAACGUACUACUUCAACAAGCAUAAGCAAAUCAAACAGUGGAACCCACCGCAGAGCAAUCAGAUUGGCACCUUCACGCCGAUGAUCGCCAUACCGGAGUCGAAGCCACUGCCGCUCCGAAUUAAGCGGAACAAGGAGCUGGUCGACCUGGAGCAGAACUUUGAGAAGCACAUUCCCGUUGAGAAUCGGCAGCAUCUGUUUCGCAUUCGCCGUCAGCUGUCAGCGCAUGUCGUCAAGUGUCUGUCGCCGUACAAUCGUCGAGACUGCAAACACGGUCGAAUUACCAGCCAUGAAGAUUUCAAGUACCUCGCACGAAAAAUUACCCACCACGUGAUUUAUAAAGAGUAUCAGCACCAAUCGACAAUCGGGAAGCCAAUCGACAAGAUGGUUUGCUCGGAUUCGGUGAAGGGUAAGACGAAGGAAUAUGUGAAAGCGUACAUGAACAAGUACAAACGAGAGUAUCGUCUAAGCUAG